AGGUUGAACUUGAUGUUGCAAACGGUGUAAAUGUGGACGAAACAGUGAGGUGGUUAGCUAAGAAACCCAACACAACUGUCAGUAUAUACUCGGGUUAUACUGUUAAUGGUUAUAACUUUGCCACUAAAGCCCGAGAUUCAAACCGUGUUACGCAAAACAGUGGAAUUUGCCUUGAGGCAGAUUCAGUACGAGUGUCGAGUUAUACAAAUAACAGUCCUUUAAUGGCAUCCACAAAUUUUUAUGGUGUGCUCGAUGAAAUUUGGGUGCUUCACUACCUCAUGACCAAGAGGGUCGUAUUCAAGUGUGAUUGGGUUGAUGGUAGGCACAUAACUAAAGAUAAACUGGGCUUCACAAUAGUAGAUCUGAAAAAACUUGGUCAUAAAAAUGACCAGUUCAUUUUACCAUCUCAUGCCAAACAAGUCUUUUACGUUAAAGAUCAACUUGAUAAUAGAAAAUCAGUUGUUUGUUCAGUUGGUCAAAGGGUGAGUAAUAGUUUACAUGAUGCGUCAGAAGAUAUGGUUAUACAUGAACCUCUAACUCUAAAGUAUCCAACACCGCUCAUUAAUGAGGAGAAUCCAGAUGAUGAGGACAUUUAUAAUAGAGUAAUAUGUGAUGCACCUAUGUGAUCACAUAACCAGUUAUGUCUGCUGCUGAAGAAGAUCUGAAUGACUGGGAAACUGAGGAGGAAGAAGAUAAGUAUGUUGCGAGACCGUGUAGGAGACAAAAGACAAAGAAGAAACUUUUGCUCAAGAAGGCUAGUGAUGACAAAGUGAUUGUCCAGGCAAAUGAGUUUGGUGUUCUUUCAGGUGAUGGCUGGACUGAGUUGGCCAAUUAUAUAGGAGUUGUAGUUAGAGAUAAUGUGUCGAUACUAUUUGAUGAUUGGAGACUAGUAAAAGAUCAACAGAAAGAGAAGCUAUGGAAGCAUAUUAAGAAAUUGUUUGUCGUGAGUCCUAAGGGUAAGAAGCAAGUUUUGAGUACAAUGGGAGUAGCUUUGAGGAAUUUCAGGUCUACCUUAAGGAAUGAAUUCAUCUUCCCGCACAAGGACAAUUUGAAGAUGUUGCGCUUACCUCCAAAAGAGUACGAGCACAUACCCACUGAUGAGUGGAAACUGUUUGUCCUGAAAAGUUUCAAAGCAGAAUUUUUAGCAAAGAGCAACAAGGGGAAAGCAAGAAGAAAGAAGAACAAGUAUAACCACAGGUUGGGGUCAUCCGGCUAUAGUGGUUUAUUGAAGAGGAAGAUAAAGGAACUUGGAGCUAGCUUGAAGGAUCUUGAUCGGGCUGAUACAUGGCUAUUGGGCAGACAAAAGAAAGAUGGUGGGUACGAUGAGGAGGUGAAAGAAGUUGCUGAAAAGAUAAAGGAGUUGAAGGCUAAAGUGGAGGAAGGGUCAUUUGUGCCAUGUGGCUCAAAUGACAUUAUGGCUGCCGCUUUGGAUAAAAAGCCCAAUGGAAGUAGAAUCCAAGGAGUGGGUCACUUCAUUACUCCCACCAUGUACUUUCACAUGCCGAUUGGUGGAGUUGAAGAGAAGGACGUUGAGAAGAAACUUUGUGAUCGAAGGUAUGAUAUGAUGAUAAAGCGUCUUGAUGAACUGAAAGCUGAAGUGAGGCAGUAUGCUUGUAGUGAUAUAGGCAGUUGUAGUGUUCAAGCAAAGUCUACGACAUCUCCAAAACGAAAAAGAAAGGCUACUACAGAGGUCGAGAAGCACGUUACUCCCUUGAAAAAACAGCACUUAGUUUCCAGAAAAUCUCCAAGACGUGUCUCUAAAGAGACUGAAUCUAAAACUCAAGUAGCCAAAGAUGAAGAGCAAGAUCAUGAGGUUAAACGACUAUCAAGAAAAAAGAAGAAUGGGAAAAAAAAGGUUAAAGAUGUUGAAGUUGAAGAUGUGAGAGACAAUAUAGAUGAUUGGGAAGCAGAAUUAGGGAGAUAUAUGGAAGAAGAGUGUGAAGAAAAACAACAAGGGCUUGCAAGUCAAAGUCCCAAAAAACCGCCCCAGCAUUUCAUCGAAAAUCAUGAUCCUACAUUGGUUGAGAAACAAGUAGAGGAUGUAAGGGAAGAAUUGGAGGAUCAAGGGGUUGUCAUCAUCAAGGAAAAAAACAGGCCUGCAAUGAAGAAAAAGGUUGCGCCUUCAAGAAAGCUAAAUAUGCAAAGAACGACGAGGUCUGUGAUGGAAAAGAGAAAAGAACAAAGCGUUCAAUUGAAGAUGUUCUCUGUUUUUAUUGAGGGAUGCCUCGGAGAUGGCUACCCAAUCAAUCACGAUGAAGAAGUGUUUGGAUUCUCAACAAAAUCUUCCUUUAAUAAGGAUGUGUGCAGAAUUGUUAUAAACUGUGAGAGAGUUUCAAAUUCUGUCAUAGAAAUUUGGUGCAA